CCCGAUACUCCGCAUCAUCAGCCUCGGAGGAGUUCCUGUACCACUUUCCUCAUGCCUAUUCGGAAUUAAGCGAGGAAGGUCCACGCCCCACCAAUGCCAGACCUCCUUCAACGCCAUGUCAUUCAGUGCCGGUGGAACACCAGAAACUCGUAUCAGUACGAGUGAAAUAUGCCCUCUUGUAUCAAAGAAAGAGCAGGAUCCGGAUGGUUAUGUCCCUCUCCACCACCUCCUCGAGCACGCUGAAACCGGUUGCGCCAAAUGCAGUCUUGUACGAGAGGUCCACUUCGAAUAUCCAGGCAAAACGGAAUGGUUUUCUAGCGAAAGCGACUGGACAACUCUUCGUUUCAGGGACUCUGCUAUGGCUACUUUCGCCGUUGAUGUUUUUGUGCCCCGAGGUAAUCCUGCACAAUGAGCUUUUGGGUCUUGUAUGUAAAAUUCGACUUACACUCGGCUAGGAAGCCCUAAGCUGUUUCCUGAACUGAAGCAUCGGCCACCAGUUGGCGAGAUACCACGAGAAGAAUCAAUUGCGAGAGCGAAAAAUUGGAUAUCUCGUUGCGACAUAAUGCACAGAUCCUGCCAAAUAGCAGUAAAACCUGGCUUGCCAAAGCGGGUUCUUGAAAUAUCACCAGAAGCAGUGCGGUUGGUGGAGACUGAUGGUCAAUCCGAUCAUUAUAUAGCUCUCAGUCACUGUUGGGGAGACUCUCGCCCUCCAUGUCUCACCACAAAAGCAAAUCUACACUCCAAUAUGGAAGAUGUUCCCUGGGGUUCGCUUCCAAAGACAUUUCAGGACUCGAUUCUUCUUUGCCGAGACUUGGGAAUCCGCUACUUGUGGAUCGACUCGAUCUGCAUCAUCCAAGACGACGACAUAGAUUGGAUGCAAGAAUCUGCAGAGAUGGCAUCUGUAUAUCAUGGAUCAUACCUCACGAUCUGCGCAACCAGCGCUCUGAGCGAUGAUGUUGGGCUUUGGACAACUUUCCCGAAGGUUGCGCCGGUUAAGAAACUUCAAGUCAGGGGCCAAUCUCAAGACUUUCCAAUCUACCUGAGAACUAAGGAUGAAGUUCGAGCAGUUCAUCUGGACUGUAAGUCUAAUACAUAUCUUAGACCAAGAACGCAUGCUCUAAACCCGCUUUUGAGUCGCGGCUGGACGUUCCAAGAAGGGCUCAUCUCGCCUCGUUUACUCCAUGUCGGUUAUGGGGAACUUCUGUGGCAGUGCGCAGAACAACAAAUGUGCGAGUGCUCGGAUGAUGGUUUUGGAAGCAGCAGUUAUCUGGCGCGAAGUGAACGCGAACGACAGCUGUUUAGAGAUUUGACAAACGACGAGCCUGACGUGAGCACCGCUGAUGCGUGGCGGUCGUUUGUGCAGGACUACUCUGGGCUAAAACACACGUUUCUAAAAGAUGUCCUGCCAGCAUUGUCAGGAGUUGCAAAGAUGUACUUAGAAAGGCGCCCUGGAGACAGGUAUCUCGCUGGCCUCUGGGAAAAGAGUCUAAUCCAAGACCUAGCCUGGUCCCCACUUUGUAAUCCAGACAGACUGCCUCGACCAGAAGUCUAUCGCGCCCCUUCAUGGUCAUGGGCGUCUAUUACCCAGCAAAUCAUGAUAUUCGGGAUUGUUGACACCGAAGCCAUAUGUGCGAGAGUACUCCGAGCACAUACCGUCCUCGCUGGCCUCGAUCCAACCGGUGAAGUCCUCUCAGGCUCAAUCGUACUCGCGGCGCCCGUCGAGCCCGCGAAAGUAACUGGAGUUAUUGCGGAGUCCUUUUACGUCAAAAGCAAUAGGUCAGGUCACGAUGUCAGGUUCAGUCGUGAUUCGACGAGUGAUCUUGAAGAGGGUACCAGCGAAGGAACAUCAGUUUUGUGUCUUCGACUCUGCGGCAAGGGCAGAUAUCCAGCACACUCGAGGAUAAAUCUUGCUUUAGUUGCGGUUGAUGAUCGACCUGGAGUGUAUCGUCGUAUCGGUAUUUGCAUGGUCUCUCCAGGUCAAGAUUUUUCUGAAGGGAGCUUUAAGCAAGAAAUGGAAGUUGAGAUUAUUUAAGCAAAACUCGAACCCCCCAGCACUACUCUGCUCAGACAAUUAUCGGUCUAUUAGCAGCAGCCUACAAAGCUAUUUCAAGUGCGAAAAAAAGAAAAACCCAAAUUCGGGAUUUUAUAGUUGCACAUGACCGGAAGUAACCAUAGAGAAAAGCAAAAAAGAAACUGGACUUAAAUGCCCUCGCAACAAUGCAUAAACUUGGUAUUGGAUUUGGAGUGGGGGAACAGAAAGAAACUCAAGCCUAAAUACCGUUAUAGAUAAACCCCCUCUCAAGCCUUUACUAAUGAAGGCUCUCAAAGUGACUUAUUGAUCACCUUCCACCAUCGCACCCACA